AUGGCUUUCAAGAAUAUGUUCGUCGCCGCCCUGGCUGCUCUGCCUGCCGCCUUUGCCUCUCCCAUCGAGCUUGAGCCUCGCGGCUGUACCUACGGCGGACCCUACCAGAACUUCCCCCCCAUGAGCUCUUGGCUGCCCUGGACUACUGUUUUCGGCCUUUAUGAGCAGACCAUGGUCAACGCAGGCUCCAGCUGGGACGAUGUUGGCCGUAUCAACGUGGCUAUUAGCCAAGCUGCCGCGAGCAUUGGUGUUGAUGAGCGUGUUAUCCUCGCCAUCAUUCUCCAAGAGAGCACAGGUUAUGUCGGUGUCGAGUGCACCGGUGGAGAUGACUGUGGAUUAAUGCAGUGCGAAGGAUGUCCUUCAUUCCAGGGCCAGAAUGAGCUGUCUCAGUCGCAAACCUCUUCCAUGAUCAACGGUGGAACUCAGCACUUCAAGCAGAACUUGGAGGACUGGGGAAACCAGUGGGCUACCUCAUCUAUCUACCCUGCCCUCCGUGAAUACAACUCAGGCAGUGUCAACAGCGGCGAUCUCAGUCAAGCUGCCGGUGGCUUCGGCGUGCCUUGCUACGUCAGUGACGUUGCCCGCCGCAUGAUGGGCCAGGUCUUCUAA